AUGCCAUUUGACAUGGCCACUCUCGACGCAUUGAAAGGGGCCCUCAGGCAACACUCCACUGCAACAUCAUCGCAGAAACAACCGCUAAGCAAUGCAGAAUAUAGCGCUGGCUUCGAUAUCUUAGCGCAAGGCACAGGGUGGAUGGUGUAUCAGGACUUCAUAAUCCCUCAGCUGUCUCAACUGCUAGCGUCUCUCGUUAGCUCGCGAUCUCACAUCUCAGCGCUAGAAAUCGGGCCUGGCCCGAAGAGCGUUCUAGGCUAUCUGCCUGACCAUCUGAAGCGCAAGGUUGGAAGAUACGUCGCGUUUGAGCCAAACGGCCAGUUUGCCACGCGGCUGAAAGAAUGGUUAGGCUCUUCUGGUGAGGCGGCUCCGUUUCCUUGCCUGGAAGACCCAGCCGACAUCCAUCCAAUCCCAUUUGCUCUGGACAGCGGCGCCGGUGAUGGCAAAGAGAACUUUGACAUCGUUCUCUUUUGCCACAGUAUGUAUGGCAUGACUCCCAAACGCAAGUUCAUCGAACGGGCGCUGGGUAUGCUUACUAAGCAGCCAGAGCACGGCUUCGUGGUGGUUUUCCACCGCGACGGGACUUUGCGCCUCGACGGCCUAGUGUGCCAUCGAACAGCUUCCUUUCCUACAGGGGUUGUCUCUGUGUCAGACAAGGAUGAGGUGUUGGACAAUUUCUCCUCGUUCAUUGCAGGACACUCUAUGCAGGAUGCAAAUGAGGACAAGGUGAUCCGGACUGCGUGGCGAAAGAUGUGUCGCACUCUAGGCCGUCAUGAGGAUUCCCAGCCGGACCAUCUCUUGUUCAGUGCGCCUGAUUUGAUGGUGGCAUUCAACCAAGGAGCGACCACACUGCCAGAGCUGAUGGAAAGCGUUCCGUCAUGGGAGCAAGGAGCAAGGGCAGUGAAGAACAGAGAGGCUCGGCUGCACCACCCAGCCGCAAUCAUGAGACCGACAGAGGUCCGACAUGUACAGCAGUGCGUAAGGUGGGCCCUAAAGCAUGAGGUCGGCCUGGUUGUCAUCAGCGGGGGACACAGUGGCCACUGUCUCUGGCCCAACGUUGUGUCGGUCGACAUGGGCGCUUUUGACCAGGUGCACGUUAUCUCGAGCUCAGAAGAGGACGGAGCCGCAUCUGGGCUCCGUUCCGGAUCCCUUGUCAUUUCUGGGGCUGGCUGCAAGACGGGAGAUAUCAUCCGCGAGGCCAUGGCUGCAGGCCUGACAGUGUCUCUAGGUUCACGGCCGAGCGUCGGUGCAGGCCUGUUGCUGCAAGGCGGCAUCGGACACCUAGCCCGCCAGCACGGACUUUCCUGCGAUGCCAUUGUCGGUGCCGUUGUGGUCAGUGUGGCCACUGGCAAGACUCUCUGUGUUGGGUGUGUGCCACGCCAGCACCAGCCGGCUGGUGCCGUGCGCCCGGAAAACGAAGAGGCCUUGUUGUGGGCGAUCAGGGGCGCCGGAACCAACUUUGGCAUCGUGGUCAGCCUGACUUUGCAGGCCUACGCGGCUCCGAGUUAUCUCGUUCGAAACUGGGUGCUCCCGCUCAGCGGCAGCCUCGAGGCCCAGCGCGGACUCGGCGAUUUCGACCGGCUGGUUGCCAGGAGCCUUCCUCGGAACUGUUCUUCGGACGCAUAUCUGUACUGGGAUGCCGACCAGCUGCAUAUCGGCGUGACCGUGAUCGAGGCUUCGGUUCACAGGUCCUCCCCUGAGCCACCGGCAACCCUAUCUAUGGCGGUGUCAAUAGAUGAAGUAUUGGGGCCAGAAAACAGCUUCCAGAUUGUUGACGGUCUCGAACUGUUUGAGACGGAAAUGUACAUGUCUGGGAUGCACGGUGGACAUGGUGGCAAGACCUCUGCUUUCAAGCGCUGUCUGUUUCUGGGAGACAUCGGCGACGUGAAUAUAGCCAAGAUCCUGACAGCGGCCAUCGAGACCCGUCCAUCGGCGCUCUGCUAUCUGCACCUGCUGCAUGGUGGCGAAGCAGUCAACGACGUGGCAGCUGAAGCGACCGCCUUUGGCUGUCGAGAUUGGCACUUUGCCUGUGUCAUCACGGCCGUCUGGCCGCGCGACCAAGACGGUACCGAAGCCGCUCGAGCGGCCGUGCGGUGGGUCUAUCGUGUCGCGAUGGACCUGCUUCCCUGGAGCAGCGGAGCCUACGGUGCCGAUCUGGGGCCAGAUCCCAGAGACAUUGCCCUCGCGGCCGUGGCUUUUGGACCCAACCGGCCGCGUCUGAUCCGUCUCAAGCAAGACUUUGAUCCAUACAACGUGCUGGCCUACGCCUCUCCGCUGUUGAGGCCAUCAAGGCAGCCGAAGCUCAUUGUCCUAGUCACGGGCGAGUUUGGCGUCGGCAAGGACUAUUGCGCUGGUAUCUGGGCGUCCAUGUUCUCUAAACAGGCCCCCCAAAAGCUAGAGGCACUUGUGGUCAGCAUCAGUGAUGUGACCAAGCGGGAAUACGCAGCGGCCACCGGCGCCGACUUCGACCGUCUGCUUGGCGACCGUGCCUACAAGGAGCAGCACAGGCCCGCAUUGACAAAGUACUUUCAGGAGCAGGUACGGCAACGACCCCGGCUGCCUGAGGAGCACUUCCUCAGCGUGGUGCAGGGCGCCAUCGACGUGGACGUGCUUCUCGUCACCGGGAUGCGAGACGACGCGCCGGUCGCCUUUUUGUCGCACCUGGUGCCCUACAGCCGCCUGAUCGAGGUUCGCGUCGAGGCUGCCAAGGCGGUCCGGCAGGCUCGCCGUGGAUGUGAUGCCAAUGACGAAAAGGACAACGGCAAAGACAGCAGCAGCAGCAGAAACAACCACGCUCCAAGCCUCGUCUUCGACAAUGACACGGCCGGCAGCGAGGCCGCAAGACGUUUUGCCGAGCAUCGGCUGCUCCCGUUCUUCCACGCGGACCUGCAACGGCUGGCCGACAUGGUGCGUCCGGUGCCCGACUUUCCGCGACCGGGCAUCAACUUCCGCCACGUGCUCGACAUUGCUCAGCAGCCGGGCGGCCUGGCCCUGUGCACGUCUCUGCUGCGGACGCUCUUUGCCGGCGACUGGACCACCGUUGGUGCGCUCGCCUGCUGUGAGGCCGGCGGCUUCGUCUAUGCGUCUGCACUGGCUGCCCGGGUCGACAUCGAGCUACCCUUGGUGCUAAUCCGCAAAGCCGGCAAGCUCCCGCCACCCACCGUCACCGUCGCCAAGGCGCCGUCGCACAUCUCAGCGUCGACGCCCAACAGCAUCAGCGACGAGGAGCGCAUCGAGAUGGGCCGACAUGUGGUUACCCCAGACGCAAAGGUGCUGGUGGUCGACGAUGUCUUGGCCACGGGACAGACGCUCUGCGCCGUGCUGCGGCUGCUGCGAGAAGCCGGCAUCCCCGGAGAGAAUAUCAGUGCCGUAGCUGUAGCCGAGUUCCCUGUUCACCGCGGCCGGGAAUUGCUGCACCGGCACGGCUUUGGUCGUGUCCGAGUUCAGAGCCUCUUGGUCUUUCCCGGUGUUUAA